UGAUUUGAUAGUGUUUUGCCCUCUUCUACUUCAGAAAGAAAAGAAAUUAAACGCACUUCCUUAAAUUACCUAAAAACUAAAUUAAAUAAACAGUUAUAAUGGCUACUGAAAAAGAUCCGUUAGUAAGUGAGAGAUCAGGCACAGUACGUGAAGUUGGAAAUCACGCUAUUUGGAGUUUGUCUUCGUGUAAACCAGGUUUUGGUAUAGAUCAGCUUAGGGAUGACUGCAUGGAUACCUAUUGGCAAUCGGAUGGUCAGUUGCCACAUCUAGUUAAUAUUCAAUUCCAAAGAAAAACAAUGGUGUCACAUAUUUACAUUUAUACAGAUUAUAAACUGGACGAAAGUUAUACUCCAAGCAGAAUUUCUAUUCGAGCAGGAACACAUUUUAAUGACCUCCAAGAGAUAGAAGUCAUAGAAUUAAUAGAACCAAGCGGUUGGGAAAUGAUACCAAUCAAGGAUAUACAUGAUAGACCCAUCAGAACUUACAUGAUACAAAUAGCAGUUUUAAGCAACCAUCAAAAUGGAAGGGAUACUCAUAUGAGACAAAUCAAAGUCCAUUCACCUUGUGAACCUACCUCUUUUGACAUAAACAAGUUCAGGAACUUUUCUACAGUGCAGUUCCAACAAUAUGCUACUAUUCGUUAAAAUGUCAUACAAAUAACUAAAC